AUGGAGGGUCUGGUCAAUGCCACACAGGCCUCGGCCACCGGGGAAACUCCAGAACAACGCUGGCCAAAGGAGGGUGGCAACGCAGUGACCCGCGGCAGAGAGAACUCGCACCACUACAACAGAAGCGUAACUCAGCACGUAUGCGGUCUGAAGUUCAACAUAUCGAAAGAACAUACCAGGGCUAGGCCGCGCGCCGGGGUGGACGCGCGCGCAGGGCGGGGCGUGAGCAGGGGUCGCGCGUUGGGCCGAGGCCGAGCAGUGGGACCCGGCUGGGUCCCUUCCGUGGGAGUGCAGGUGGAGACCCUCUCCCCCGGAGCCGGACGCACCUUCCCAAAGCGCGGGCAGGCCUGCGUGGUGCACUACACCGGGAUGCUUGAAGGUGGAAAGAAGUUCGAUUCCUCCCGGGACAGAAACAAGCCCGUUACGUGUAUGCGAGGCGAGCAGGGAGUGAUUGGAGGCUGGGGAGAAGGGGUCGCCCAGAGGAGCGUGGGCCAGAGAGCCAGACUGACCAUCUCUCCAGGCUACGCCUAUGGUGCCGCUGGACACCCGGGCAUCGUCCCACCCAGCGCCACUCCCGUCUUCGACGUGGAACUUCUAAAGCUGGAAUGA